AUGUCCUCGAUCGAUGGCAUUCCUGGGAUGGGCGCUCGUGUCCUGACUAUUAUGGCCACACGGUCUCAGGAUCAGGAACUUGUGGCGUCUGUCGCCGAGAAAAAGGGCGUUCGCAGCCAGGAGGCCAUUCUUGCAUCAAAUACAGCCGAGAGCGUCAUCCCGGCCUUCGGAUGGCACCCCUGGUUCUCCUAUCAACUGUACGACGACACACUGGAGUCUAAAGACUCUACGUACAAUCCUAAUGACGCAUCGCCGGAGACCCAGAAAACAGGCCACUACAAAGCUGUGCUAGCUCCGCCGCCUUCUGAGGAGGAUGGCUUCAUCGCCGGUCUUCCAGACCCCAAGCCCCUAUCCGCAUUUCUUGCGCAAACCCGGGAUUACCUGCAUGCAUAUCCGCUGGCUCUCAUCGGCGAAGUCGGUCUAGAUAAGGCUUUCCGGCUGCCUAAUGCCUGGUCGGAUGCCGAGCACUCGGCACGCGAUGAUACACUGACUCCAGGUGGCCGGGAGGGCAGACAACUGUCGCCAUACCGGGUGAAUAUGGAUCACCAAGUCCGCAUUUUGAAAGCCCAGCUGGCUGUGGCUGGGGAGCUCGGACGAGCAUGCAGUGUUCAUGGUGUCCAAGCGCAUGGCGUUUUAUUCGAAGCCCUAAAGAGUCUUUGGAAAGGGCACGAGAAGCGGGUGGUGAGCAAACGCGAGCAAAAAAUGCUGGCGAAAGGGGUCAACGAGGACUUCUCGUCAUCCGAAGGCGAAGGACAGAGCGGCGGGAAGAAGACGACGAAGACACCAAAGUCCAGGCCGUAUCCCCCACGUAUAUGCUUGCAUUCCUUCAGCGGGCCGCUGCAGGUGAUGAAGCAGUACACCGAGGACAAGAAGAUCCCAGCUAAAAUUUUCUUCUCCUUUUCCGUAUGCAUAAACUUCUCUACGCCCAGCGGCGAGGACAAGACUCCGCAGGUCAUCCGUGAGUGUCCCGACAACCGCAUUCUGAUAGAGAGCGACCUCCACACAGCUGGCAAGUCCAUGGACAGCAUGCUUGCAGAGAUGUAUAGGAAAGUCUGUGAGAUCAAGGGCUGGGGACUAAGAGAAGGCAUCGAGAGGAUACGAAAGAAUUAUGAGGAGUUUAUAUUCGGUUGA